AUGAUAUUACAUUACAUGCUUUUGUGUCCCUGCAGGCAGCUCCACACACCCACCAACCUGCUGCUCCUCUCUCUGGCUGUGUCUGACUUCUUUGUGGGUCUUGUGGUGACACCGUUGCAGGUUUAUAGACAAACAACCUGUUGGUAUCUUGGAAAUCACAUAUGUUCUCUUCAGGGAUACGUGAGCUUCUCCAUCAUCUCUGCCUCAAUAGGGGGCAUGGUUCUGAUAUCAGCUGAUCGCUAUGCAGCUAUUUGUGACCCUCUGCAUUAUUCCACCAGAGUCACUGUGAGCAGAGUUAAAAAGUGUGUUUGUUUGUGUUGGCUGUGUACUUUCUUGUAUAACAUGAUCAUUUUUAGAGAUGAGUUCAUUCAAUCAGGCAGGUUAAACUUUUGUUUUGGAAUGUGUUUGGUUGGCAUUCCAAACUUAACAGCAAGAGUGGACUUUGGUCUGACCUUUGUUGUUCCAUUUUCCUCCAUCAUAUUUCUGUAUAUGAGAGUGUUUCUGACAGCAGUGUCUCAGGCUCGUGCCAUGCGCUCUCACGUUGCAGCCGUCACCCUCCAUCAUUCAGGGACUAAAAGGUCUGAGUUAAAGGCAGCCAGGACGCUUGGUGUUGUUGUCGCUUGGUUCUUAAUAUGUUUCUGUCCAUAUUACUGUCUCACUUUAGUACCUCAUGAUGUACCUGCAGUCUCCGGUGUAUUUCUGUUGUGUCUGAGCCCCUUUCUGAACCCUGUGAUCUACGCCUUGUUCUACCCCUGGUUUAGAAAGGCUCUGAGGCUCAUUUUCUCUCUCCAGAUUCUGCAGCCUGGCUCCUGUGAAACCAACAUGCUGUAAACAGACACUUCACAUAUGAGAAUUCACAAAUCGGAUCUGUACAGUAAAAGUUUUUUUUCUCAAUAUCCUAAAUUCUUCUAUGUCAUUUAUUUUUCAUUAACUAUACUUAAAAUACUUACAUACAUAAACAAUACACACUGCAGAUAUCCUACCUGUGCAUUUUCAUCCCUUUAUGUGGUCACAGAAAAAAGAUAUCCAACCAAUCUUAAUUUUUCAACAUGUCAAACUUCUCCAUAUAUGGGAAGUGAGAUGUGCUGCUGUCCCUCCACCACUUAGAAAAAGCACCUCCCUGGUGUCUGUUCAUGGUGUUGGAGACAGUCGGACAAUGACUUAAAUUUAAAAAAAUAAUAGAGUACAGUGGCCACAAGGUGUCAGGCUUAGCAUACUUUUAAAGUAUUGGCUUAGGUAAAGUAUACAGUAUGUUUUCCAAAACACAACUUAGUAUUCAAAGAAAGGAUAAAUGAAAUAUCCUCAGAAUCCCUUUUUGCUACACAACGAGCCAUUUAUUUGAGGCAGUAAGAAUUAUCUGCCUCGUUGACUCCCUCCAUCAGCUGUGAUCAGCCAAUCAAUCACAUACUGUAAAGGCGCAUCUCUCUCAAAAAAAGAAAAGAGCUGUUUCGUAACACCAGUAGCAGGAGCCCACUAAACAUUCUUGAUGGUACCACAUGACACAUAUGUUUAAGUCUCAUCAGCUUUCAGUCUGAUCUGCACAGUGUAAACAUCUUGGCUGGUUGGUAUUUAAUUAGGUCUGAUGUGAAGAGGCUAAAUAUAUUGGCGGCAUGAAGCUCAAUAGCCUGUGAAAUCCCAAAAAUUUGCUGCAUCGUUGUUUAAGCCGUAAAUCAAUCUGAAAUUGGACCAAGAAAAACACUUCCUGUUUUCACAUAUGUCACAGCUGUUUUCAGACACACCUGACAGUUAUCCAGUAAUCAAGCUCCAGUACUUACUGUAAGCUCCAGAUCACACAACAGUCACUUGCCAGAUUGUUGCGUGUACUCACCACUUUCCAGCAGUAUUGUAUAGCUUACCCUGCUAGUGAUCUCUGAACCUUGACUACCGAUUCCUGCCUGUUCCUUGCCUGUACCUUCGCUGUGGAAAUACUGGUAAUGUGCCUGACCGUCUGACCAAGAGAUAAGCCUGUUCCUCACCUGUACCUCUGCUGUGUUCACUCGUUGACGAAACCUUGCCUGUCCCCGGAUUCAAGUCUGCCUGCUCCGUUUGUACUUCACCUGUGUAUGACCUGGCUUGCCUUGACGACGAUUGUUCAAUAAAGACUGUCAUCAGUUAAACCACCAACCUGUCCGCACUGUGCAUGUGGGUCCAACACCUGCGUAAUCCUGACAGUGUUUGAGUAAGUGACAUCUGGCUAAGCCCAACACAACACGUUGCAGUAGUCUAAGCCAGUUUUGAUAAAAGCAUUGAUUAAAUGUCAAAGUAAUGCUGUCCAAGAAAAAAGUUUUACACCUACAGUAGGUGUAGCAUAUGUGAUGCAAAUGCUAUUAUUGUAGUUUAAUAGCACAAGUUGUAAAGGGCUAGAUCAG